AAAGAGGUACUCGUGAUCCUGCUAAGACCCUUGCGCCCUCGUCCUUUUGGUCGUAGCCCGGGGCUCGUAAUAAGCCAUGGCCGGAGUAUGGACGAAGGGCGGCGUGCCGGCGCUGGGGUGGUGGCUCAUCGCCGUCGGUACCUUCCGCUCCGGCUACACCCUGUCCUGCUUCUUCGGCUCCGCGGCGUUCUGCUCGGCCACCUUCUCCGAGAUAGCGAUGACCGGCGUACAUGGGCGGACGGCCGCGGUGUGGACUCUGCUGUCAUGUACUCUCUGCUUCCUGUGCGCCUUCAACCUCGGUAGCAAGCCGGUCUACGCCGCCACCUUGCGGUCCUUCGUCUACGCCAUCGGCUACCUUGCCGUCGAGUGCCUGGUGUACCACACCAUGAGUGCAGCUAGACUCUCCCUGUUCAUCUUCAUUGCAGGGACAUCCAUUGUUUGGAUGCUGCUUCAGUGGAACUCCCAUGGCCAUGGCCCCCGUCCCCGUGAGGCUUCAGUGGAACUGCGUCGCGUUCCCCAAACCCUCGUGGCGCAGAGUCCGUCCAUGUCGCUGGAACCAUUAGCCUGAGCGUUGUCAUAUCCUGGAGCCGAGCCGCGUCGGAGCCGAGCCGUUGGACCAGACGCGCGAUUGCUUCCGUUGGAUUUGAAGCGGCCGACGCGUGGAGGCCGAGCGGACGGGUGUGCACCGGAUGCGCUGUGCAUCCGGCUGCACCGAAUUUUCUUCCGCCAAAAUAGUUGGCAUCUCCUGUGUGCCGACUAAUAUAAGCACGUAAUUAAUGUUUUAAGAGACUUUGCAGGGCCUCAUGCAUGCAACAUGGAAUUCUGUAAUUUUUUUCUUGUAAUUCUUGUUUCUUUAUCACGGCAGCUACUAGCCAGGGAGUGGUUCCUCUGUAACACUUUUGCCAU